CCGACGACUAUUCCACCCAACGCCCACCGCCGUCUAUCUCGACCCUUCCCCCUCUUCCGCAUCAGAUCAAAUCCCUGAGUGGGUCUACUAUUCACAAUGGGCAAGGACAAGACCGAGAAGAAGGACAAGCGCGAGAAGAAGGAGAAGCGCUCGGAGAAGGACGGUGUCCACAAGAGCAGCAAGAAGGACAAGAAGGAGAAGAAGGACAAGACCGUUCUCGCCGACGCCGUCGAGAAGGAGCUCACCACCAAGGUUCUGGAGGGCAUUGACGAGGCUGUCUCUGAGACCCCCGUCGUCAAUGGCACUGAGGACAUGGAGGUUGACGCCGCCCCCGUUGGCGCGCUCGUUCCUUUCGCCAGCCCUCUGGUCGAGGACAAGGCCGCUAAGAAGUGCCUGAAGAGUGUCAAGAAGGCCGCCGUCAACAAGUGCCUCAAGCGUGGUGUGAAGGAGGUCGUCAAGGCUCUCCGCAAGUCGCCCGUCCCCGCCGCCAACGCCAAAAUCGGCAUCCCCAACGCCGUCGUCAUCCUUGCCGCCGACAUCUCCCCCAUGGACGUCAUCUCCCACAUUCCCGUUCUGUGCGAGGACCACGGUAUCCCAUAUGUUUUCGUCACAUCCCGAGCUGAGCUCGGCAACUCGGCUGCCACGAAACGCCCCACCAGUGUCGUGAUGGUUGUGCCCAAGUCGGCGUCGAAGGGCAAGAAGGGCGAGGAUGAUGAGGACUUCAGCGAGGUGUUCGAGGAGCUGGCUAAGCUCGCCCAGAAGGAGCUCAAGCGGGUGAACCUGUGAAGGUUCAGCUGGACUUCUGAAUCCAUCCUUCCAUUGUUCUGAUGUUUCUUAAUUCUACGGCUUCUUUAUGUGUCUUGUCACUUUGCUGCUAUGGCUGUACAGUUCCACUUUGUUCUUGUCUGACAAGGCAGUGCAUGUCUUCGGGGGUCUGGCCUUUGGGACGUGUUCAUUGGGUUGCUCUUUUCUGAUGUGUCCGUUGCAAACUUGGCGUUCUCAAAUGGUGUAUGAAAAAAAGGCAGGAAGUAUCCAAUAAAAUCCAAAACAUGAC